CACUGAUAAUUAAUUAUAAAACGGUAAUUUAACGCCAAUAAUGAAAGAUUCUAAAAUUGGGUUGAUUCAACUUUAAAAUAUUCGGUACCACCAAGGAUCAUUACUAAUCACAUACUUAGAAAAGCAAUCUUCAUUUAAAUUAAUUUAAGCAUAUUUAGUUUUCUAUGGGGAAACUGUUUUGUUGAAAGAUAGUUCCCAAAUGUAUAACCUUACUAAAAUGUAGCCUUCUCGGCAAUUUUAUUUUUUGUAAGAAAAUUUAAAAAAACAAGAUUGUACUAAUAAUGAAUGAUUAUAAAAAAUAAAUUAAUAUAAAACAGAAUCAAGUAGGUCUCAAGAGUGAAUAUUUCAGUCCAUGGUUGUGAUAUGGCUGCAAAAGUACCUGAAUUAAGUUACUCUUGUGAAAUAUGUGGUGCAGAUGGAUUAUCAGACGAAGAAAUGAGGAUUCAUGUUAUGAUAUGUCAUCUCAAAAAUGCUGUUGUUUGCCCUUUUUGUAAUUCUGAUAACAUGACUGAAGAUGAAAUGCUAACCCAUGUUAAUACUGCUCAUUUAGAUUACCUAACUCCUGAACAAGAGCUGCUUACAUUCAUCGAUGAUGGAGAUGAAUUACUAAGCCCUCUAUCAGAAAGUAGGUGGGAAACUAAAGAUGGAAGAAAUGGUUUGAUUAACAAUAAUAAUAACAAUAAUGAAUUCUAUAAUGCACAAGGGAAAAAGCUUAAAAAUGGAGAAAUGCCCUCAUGGGGUUCACCACAAAGAUCACAGCUCGCUCUUAAUUUAAGGACUAACACAGCUCCAGUAGUCCCCAAAACCAAUCUACAGUAUAUGUUUGAAUGCCCUUUGUGCACCUAUCGAGGAGAUACUGUUUCUAAUUUAGAAGAACAUAUCAAUAGGCAACAUUUUGAUUUAACUAGUCCAUCUGUAAAUACUGAUCUAGCUUCUAAGCAUCAUAGUUUAUAUAGUUGUCCUCUUUGUGUCAAUACGUUUGAGAAUACCCCUGAUUUGGAAUUACAUGUUAAUAUUGAGCACAAGGAUGUCUUAAGUCCUGCGAAGCCUGUUCAUGAUUUAACCCAAGAUAAAAUUUCUACGGAAUGCCCUAUUUGUUGUAUGUCUAAUUUCAAAUCAACAGAUGAAUUGGCAUAUCAUAUAGAUCAACACUUCAAUCCAAAAGGUGUAUCUCCACUAACUCCAGAUGUCUCAUGUGACCGUCUCCUUGCAAAAGAAAUGGAAAAAAGAGAUAAAGAAGUGCAGAGGCUGAGAGAACAACAUGAGUUCGAACUAUUGAGGGCUCAAUAUGGUAUGGACAAUGAAGGAAACUUUAAGGAACAAAGCCUCACAAACAUGCAGAGAGCUGUAUACUCAGGUGAACUUUCUGUAGCAGACUAUUAUGAAAGACAAAUAGAGUUGAAAAUGGCAGAAAGUAAUGGAGUCGAUGAUGGCAGUUCAUGUACUAAAGCCAUUCGAUGCCAUAGUUACAAGUGUUGCUUUGGUCUUGCUAUUGGUGCAACUGUAGCCUUGAAUAGUUUUAUCCAGAUUAAUAGUUUCUAUACUUAUACACACCUGUCACCUAUUCCAGAUAUUGUUGAGUUGAUAGCUGCUGUAAGCACCAGUUCAAGCCAUGUUGCUAGAACUCUACUCUGCUCUAAAGUUGAUCAUUAUGCUUCAACGUAUGGUGACCGAGGUUGGGGAUGUGGCUACAGGAACACUCAGAUGAUGUUAUCAUCUCUAGUGCACCAUACUGGGUAUAAUGAACAGCUUUAUAAACAAUGGCUCCUUGGUCGUAAUCCUGAACUCCCAUCUCGCUCUGCUAUGCCUUCGAUUUCAAGACUUCAGGAGCAUAUCGAAUGGGCUUGGAGGGAAGGCUUUGAUGUGCAAGGUGCUGAUCAAUUGGGUGGGAAGCUUGUUAAUACAAGGAAGUGGAUUGGUGCCACCGAAGUUGUUACUGUUUUGUCAUCUCUUAGGAUAAGGUGUCAACUGGUAGAUUUUCAUCGACCGACCAGUGCUAAUGGCUCUCACCCCGAAAUGUUUAAGUGGGUCCUAGACUACUUCCAAGCUUACGAUGACUUCAAGCCUCCAUUAUAUCUCCAACAUCAAGGACAUAGUCGAACAAUUAUUGGUGUCGAAGAACUUCGUGGUGGUGGAGAGAAUCUAAUUAUAUUGGAUCCAAGUCAUUCACCAGCUCAGAUGACUGGUCUACGCCUCACAUCUACAGCUCAGGGUGUGUUGGGUCUUUUGAGGAAACCUCUAUCUGCAAUGAAGGCAAAGCAGUACCAAGUGGUCGCAGUGGCAGGAAUAAUGGAUUCAGAGGUGGAAUAUCAGAACAGUAAAGUGUUGCGGUCAGUAAGGGUGCCUCCCGACAGACCUUAAAACUAUGAAGAAAUCCUAUUGAGGAAUAUGCUUAUACUGCCACUAGUUUAUAGCCUUGGGAAGUUGCACUUGAUCUACUGACAUACCAAUCUAGUCAUCAAUGGGUCAUCAACAGAAUAUUUCAUUCCAUCUUCAGAUUUAGCUAAUUCAUUUUAAUAAUAUUGCUAUAAAUGUGGUAAGAAGCUGGAACAAAAAGUACUAAGGCCCAGAACUUAGGCGAAAGCAAAUUGGUAUGGGAACUGUUUCAUGUCCUUCACAAUGCACAUUCAAGAGGAAUACUUUUACUACACAAAUAAAUAAAUAUAAAGAAGAAAUCAUUAGUAAUAAACUUAAUUCCAACAACAAUACGUAUCUCAUUGUAAUUUUAUUUAUUUUAUAAUCCAUAAAGACAUGACAAUUUUUCAAUUUGUGUUGCCUGGUGUAAUAUUCAAAACUGGUGUUUAAAGUCACAGUAUUUUUAGUUUUAUAGACAAAAAAUUCUUGAUUUCUGCCAAAAUUGCAUUUUUAUAAAUGCAAUUACUGUGCCUAACCUGGAUUGGAAUUAGUUGCUACUUUUAAGAAUUUUCUGUAUAGGAUCAAAAUAGAUUAAAUUUCAUCAUAUUAUCAGAAGAAAACUAUAUAUUUAAAUUUUGGUUUUUUUCUCACUUGCCAACACAACUGAAACACUCAAAAAUAGAUAUUUCAUUUUCCUACAUUUCUUUAAUUUAUGCAUUCAUUGAUCUUAUGGCAUGGCUGAGCAACGGCAUCUUCAUUUUAUUUUACUUUUAUUUUAUUAUACAAUGUGUAUAAGUAGAAAUAAAAUAAUUAGAUUGAAAUAAAGUUUUAUUCCCAUUAAUAACAUAUUACAUUGAUUGCCUAGCAGAAUUAAUCAUGCAUUAUCAGUAUGUAUAUAUUCAUACAUACUUUGGAGGCUUAUGACACUUUUGUCAACAUUCCCCUAACUUUACAGGAAAACAAUUUGAAGAGAUGUUUUCCUUUGAAGAAAAGUGUACAUAAUGUUCUUUUAAAAACAUAUAAUUCCCUCCACUAUUUUUCUAAUAAUAAUCUAUACCUCUGGGUAAAGCAAACAAUAUUUUGAACCAAUGUUUUUCUCCGUAUAAAAGUGUGAUUAGUUUGGUUUCAAAAGCCAAUAACUCCCAUCACAAUUGGUCUUGGGAUUAGUUAUCUAUACUAUCUGAUGAAGUAAAAACACUUAGUUACAAAUAUUUAGUAAUGCUAAUUUGGUAAAAAUAGAAAUAUUGUUAUAGUUCUAUAACUUUUAGAUAUUGAUAUAAAGAAUUGGAAUAAUUAGCUUCCUAUUUUGUUUCAGUUAGUUUUACUGGUGUUGAAUAUAUUAGAUACAUCUUAUUUCUGAGAUUAAUCUGUUAUAAAAUGGUCCUUUAUUAGAAGGUGUCUGCUGUUAAGGAAGAGUUUUUGUCAAAAUGAACAAUAUUUCAAAAAGCAGUAAAUAGUGGAUAUUCAGCUAAUAAAUUUUGAUUCUAUCAACAAUACAACUCCAAAUAUUAAAAAUCAAAGAAUUAAUUUUAUUUUCGAAGUACUUCUUUCUUAUUAUAAAAAAUUUGAAUUAAUUUUACAUUACAUUUCAUAUUAUCUGUUUUUAAAUUCAAUAUAAACUAGAAAUAGACAUUAUAUAAUUAUAGUUUUCAUGAAGCAUCAUUCAUCAUUCUUCCAUUGGGACAGGAUAGCUAACCUAUAGUUUUAAUUUUAGCUUAAACUUAAUAUACGAUUUUCUAGUUCCUAAUUUUAAUUAUAGCCAAUCAAAUCUGUCUAUAUUUUAUGAACUUUUUGAUUAUUUUUAGUUAUUCAUAAUCUUUAGUUUUAUUGAGGAUCUCUUAAGAAGAUUGUUUAUAAAUUAAAUAUUUUUACUAUCCUUGAUUGAUCCUUACGAAAAGGAUUCCAAAAAAUAUUUUUCUUUAAGAACCAGUAAUAGUUUAUCAAAUUAAUAAAUAUUUUAUUCAAUAUUACAAUUAAAUCCUCAUUAAUUAAUUACUAGAUGAAGAAAAACGAUUGCAUGCUUGGAAAAUGUGGUGUUUUCUUUAGUGAUUUCAUUUGUUCGUUGUUUUUUUGAAAUUAGAAUUAAAACAGUUUAAAAAAAAACAAUCAAUUUGAGGAUAUGAAUAAAUUGAAAUAAAAUAUUUUUUUUAGAUGAAAUUUAAAAAAUAGUUCAUAGUUAAAUAAAUGUUAAUACUUAUAUAUCUGUGCUGGGUAUAAAUAUUGAUACAUGAUUAGCAAAAUAUGUACAAAAUUUUAUUGAUUGUUGAAUUUACUUGUUUGAUUAUUGUUAAAGGAUAAUGUUUCAUUUAUUUUUUCUGUUCAUUUAAAUAAUGUUGAAUAUUUAAAAAAAAAAUAUCUUGUAUAAGGAAUUAAUCCUUGUUAAUUAAAUCUUUAAGAAGAGUUAUAGCUUUUGUAUUGAUUGACUUGAAUUUCAUGGCACUUUGCACUUAGUUAAUAUGUUUGGCUCAAUUACACUUUUGAAAUACCAUUAGAUUACUAAAUUGUAAUAUAACUCUUCCCUGUAAAACAACUGAUUGUUAUCGAUAAUUCCUGUAUUAGUUAUUACUAGAGACCAGAUUUUCAUACAGUAAAAUCUUACAGCAGCUGUAACUACAAAUCAUAAUUAUAAAAUAAAACAAAUAACUAAUUCUAAUCUAGCAAUAAAUUAUGAAUGACCUAAUUUAUAUGAAAAAUUGUAUUCAAAUGUUAAAUUUUGUCCUAUCAAAUUCAAAUUCGCUUAAUUAAGUCCAACAUUUCAUAGAUUGUGAAUCAGAUAGAUAGUCACUUUUAAAGGUGUUAUAUGCAAGCAAUAACAUGAAAUGCGGUUUCCAUUUACUGAAUUUCUUGAUGUACUCCUAUUUCACUGUUUUAAAAUAAACUAAAACUAUUCCUCUGAAUCAUAAUUGAAAUAUUGGAAAAAAAAUUAUCUGUUUUUCUUUUAAUCCACUAAUAAUUAACUUAGUGUACAGUAUAUAACAGAGGUCAUGUGAAAAAACAAAAACAUAUAAUUACAAUUUGAAAGAAGGGGUGAUCACUUUUAUCCCCUUGAAGUAAUAAUUUUAUUUAUUUAUUUCAUUCAUUUGUUCUAAUUCAAUGGUGUAAAACAAUUAUCAGUCAUCAAUGUUGUUUAUUUAUUCUCUCUUUUUUUUAGAUCUCAUGAAUUUAAAAGAUGGUGUUUUCUCUACUUUAAUUUAUACAUGAUGACUUAUUUUCCUACCUCAUUUUGUUUGAAAUAAAAAAUGUGAUUGAAAUUUUAUAAUUUGUCUGAAAAUAAUUCUAUAUAUUUACCUUAGUUAUUAAAAGAAAAAUUAAUUAUUUUAUUAAUCUAUUUUUGUUUUUAUUCACAUAUUCUUUAUUUCUUAUUUUACUGUAUGAAUAUCCUCUUUUGUAUAUGCUGAUGGUAUUGCAUUUAUGUUUUAUUGAUACUUUUUUUUUAUCCAUAUUUUAAUGUUGUUAAAUUUAAUUCUUUCAUAUUUUUCUAUUAUAUUUCUAGUCAGCCCAAACCGUAUUAGAAUUAAUUCUCAUUUAUUAUUAUUGUUUUAAGAAAGUGGAGGUCAGUUCCUAAAGGUACUCUUGAAAAUAUGGUGAUAACUCUUUAUUCUAGUCAGCCUAAGCUGUAUUGAAAUUAAUUCUCACUUAUUGCUAUUAUUAUUUUUUUAAGAACGUGGAGGUCAGUUCCUUAAGGUACUGUUACAAUAUAGUGAUUGUAAGAAAGCAGUGCCCAAUGUUUGUCAGCUAGUACUUAUUCUAAAAAAGAUUGACAUUUUUUCAUUGAGUUUGACAUGGUUGUUGAAAUCAAAUAAUACUUUAAAUAACUUUAAAGGAAAAACAAAAUUUCUAAACUCUUUAGAAACUUAAAUCUCAAUUUAAAAUAGUAGUAACUACAUUUAUUACCUUAUGAUAUCCUCCUAUAUGAUUUUUGUUUAUGUAAAAUUUGAAUGAAGAUAGAUAUUUUUAUUUCUUAAUUAUCAAGGAAAAUAAAUGCAUGAUUAAGAAUGAAAUAAAAUAAUUAUGUCCAAAGUGCCCUUAGAUUCUUUAACUGUCAUGCAUUCAUUGUUUUAUUCACUGCAUUGAGGAAAUGUGAUUUUAUGUUUUUUAUUGAUGAAAAUCUUUUGGUUAACAGGGAAAACUAUUGUUAUAACACUAGUUUUUAUAUAUUUUCUGCUUUUGCAUACACCAUGUCAGAGUUGUCUCAAUCUGUGAUAUAUUACUUGAAGUUCUUAUAAAACAAAACCUUAAUACUUAUAUUUAUAUAUUGUUUAAAUAAAAAAAACAUAUAAUGCUGUGAUGAUUGUAGGCUAUGGCUUCAGAUUAAUUCAUAUUGCCAAAUCCACUCAUGUAUUAACUUCACGUAAUAAAUGUUUUAAAAAAAUACUGUUUAAUUUUUUUUUUUAAAUUACUAUCUCA